CUUCAAUAAGCAAAUCUAUCUUUAAAAUUUUUGUUUUAGUGCUACUUUCGCGUAAAACUAAAACGUUGAACUCGAUAGUGUUUAAUAUUUUAUUUCGUAAAGUGUAAACAUGGGAAACGUUUCUAGUUCGUAUUUCGAAGAAAAAAACGAAGACCCUUUUUGGUCCAACGACGCAUCUAAAUCGAAAAUCGACGUAAAAAGUUCCACGAGUCAUAAUCCGAUCAGUGCGAAAACGAACUUUAAUGAAGCUGCUGCUGUUACAAAAAAUAUUUCCGAAGCAAACAAAGAAAAAUUAAGCGAGUUCAAAUUGGAAUUGGCAAGAAAACACGAAAAAAGAAGAGAAAUAAUAGCUGGCAAACGAAAAGAAAUGGAGGACUUACGAGCCGAAGUAGAAAGAUUAAAAAAAGAAAAUGAAUCUUUGAAAGCGACUCGAGUAGAUCCUUCUGACGAUAAUUUAACGAAAUUCCGAGAAGAAAUCGAGUUUCUUCAUCAAGAAAAAGCCGAAGCCGAUUUUUUACGUAAACAAAAUGAAGAAUUAAAAGAAAUCGUUGAAGAGAAAACUGCACUUUUAGAAGAAAGUCAAAAUAUAAUAGAGAAAAACAGAGAACUGAGAAUAAACAUUUCCGAGCUACAAAAAGAUCUUCAACGGCUUAAUUCAGAAAUAUUAAACUUCGAAACAGAGAGAGAGGAUUAUAGAAUUCAUGUAGUAGCUCUUAAAGAUGUUAUUUCCGUUUCAAAACACAUGUUACAGAUAAGAGAAACACAACUAAAAGAAUUGAAGGAAAAAGUGGAAAGCAUCGAAAAAAGUCUAUGUACUAGAGAAGCAGCCAUUUUGUCUGAAGAUCUUAGGAAAGAAUACGAGCGACAGAUUGAAAAUAUGAGAAAUUUGAGGCUUUUGUACGAAGAAAGACAACGGGCCGAAAGGAAAGAGAAAGAAGAAUUAAGAUCACAAUUAGCGGAUGUGAAGAAAGAUUUGGAACACGAACAGAUGAAAAAUGGUGAAUUGGAUGAAAGAAUAUCUCAGUUAGAAUUAGAUAAUUCCAAAAAAUACGACGAAAUCAAAACAUUAGAAUCCAAUCUUGGGCUCUCGAAAGCGGAAAAUCGUGAAUAUCAAGAAGAACUAGCUGUAAUCAAUCAACUUUUCUCUGAAGCUUUACUAAGAUAUAACAAAGAAAUAGAUUUGGAUAAGCUUCAAAAACACCUUGAAGAAAAUCAUGGUCUCUUAAAAGACAUCGUUGUUAACGAAGUUUCAUCAGAAGUAUCGUAUGCCUUACCGAAGGUUCUUCUAGAAUUAAUAAACCAAUUGCAUGAGAAUGAAGAACAAGUAGGGGAAGAAAACGCGAUAUCAAAGUGCGAUCGAGAAGGAACAAAUAAUUCAACCCGUCACCAAAUGAGUAGUGCAGAAGAAAUCGUAGAAAAUCUACCAAAAGUAUGGAAAGUGUUAAUAGAACUUCUCAGUCAUCAAAUUGUUCCAACAAAUAAUCUAACCGAUGAACAAAAUAACGAUAAUCCCUGUUACAAGACCGUAGUAACUCCUAAAGGUACUAGCUUAGUAUUAAGUGUAAGUCAAACGUUCAUUAGACUCAAGGAUCUCAUAUUGGAGAAGAAAUCUCUAGAGAAAGAAACUGCACAUUUGAAACAUCUCAAUUGUCACUUGGAAAACAGGCUUCAAGAUCAAGAGAAGAGGUUAGAGGUGGUGCAGAGUGAAUUAUCAAAAACGUGGCUUGUCGUCGGAAAACUUCAAAAACAACAUCAAUUGCUGCACACGCAAGAAAAAAUUCUGCGUUACGAGCUCGCCCAGAAAAGAAAACUUCUGAAUGAAUUAAAAGAAGAAUUAGAAUAUAGCAGAGAGAAAUGGGCCCAAGCAAGAGAAAAAAACACCAGCACUGAGGAGCAAUGGAGACAAUUGAGAAGUGAAUUUGCUAACAGAAGAAAUACCACCACGGAAGACGUAAAUAAUAGCGCUGAAAGUGGAUAUAGUGACGAUAGAGAGGGUUUAAGUGACGAAGAACCGGGAUAUGAGACUGAUGUAUCUGAAUGUGCUCAAAAAACUGGAGAGGACGCUGAUUUGAAUGAAGCUAUUGUAUCGAUAAGUCAAAUUGAGACUAUAAUCGAUACUAACGAACAAAAGUCGGAAGAAGAAAAUACACCGACUAAUUUAGAUAGUGAAAAGCAGCUCACAUAUUUAAAUGAAAUUUCUGACAUUGAACAGAUUCACGAGGUGAAUGGCGAGGAAAUAAUAUUGUCUUCCAAUAUAAAUAACACAGAAAUGCCAAGUACGUCAACUUCUAGAUUGGAAGAAUCGAGGAGAAUAUUCGAAGAAAGGUUAGCUAAAAGAGAAGAACGACUUAAACGGCUGGAAACCCAGGCCGAAAGUUUGGUAACUAAAACAGCUAACACAGCAAAUAGAAGCGUAGAAAUUUGUAAUAAAUUAGACGGUUUACACAUAGCUUAUGGUCAAAGUCAAGAAAGUAUAGAUACAACAACAGAAGACGACGUUGAACAAAAUGAUACCGAAAGUAGGGAACAAGCUCAAGAUAAUGAUGGUGGUGAUUAAAAGAAUUUUAGUGCUCGAGUGUCACAUAUCACAGAAACAAAGUAUUUUUAUAGUACCUAAUAUCAAUUUUAUGGUUACCUAUAAUUAGGUAUUAUUUUUCUAUUGUUUUAGAAUUUGUAUUAAUAUUAAUUUGAAGAAUGUUAUUAUUAUAAUUUUGACAUGUACCUAGACAUAUUUUAUAUGGAAAUAAAUUAUAUAUUAAUGUUAGAAA